AUGAACCAGUUCAUUUCAUUCGUGCUUUGCCUCCUCGUUGUUCCAGCCAUUUAUGCCACAAGUGAGCCGAAAGGGCCUAAAGUUACGGACAAGGUCUGGUUUGACAUCGAGCAGAAUGGCCAGCCCAUGGGAAGAAUUGUGAUCGGUUUGUUUGGCAAGACAGUUCCAAGGACAACAGAGAACUUUAUUGGCUUGGCGAAAAAACCCAAAGGUGAAGGAUACUUGGGUAGUAAAUUUCAUCGUGUGAUUCCGGAGUUCAUGAUUCAAGGUGGCGAUUUUACACAUGGUGAUGGAACAGGCGGAAAAUCCAUCUAUGGUGAAAAAUUUGCCGAUGAAAACUUCAAAGUGAAGCAUUAUGGAGCCGGAUGGGUUUCAAUGGCGAACGCUGGCAAGGAUACCAAUGGCAGCCAAUUUUUUAUUACAGUGAAGAAGACCUCUUGGUUAGAUGGUCGACAUGUGGUCUUUGGAAAGGUGCUUUCGGGAAUGGACGUGGUGCGAGCAAUAGAGACCGUUCCGAAAGUCGGUGAUAAGCCCAAGGACGACAUUAUCAUUGCCGCAUGCGGGCAUGAAGUCGUGGAAAUGCCAUUUGCGGUAGAGAAAAGCGAUGCUACUGCAUGA